AUGUGCGACUCAAUCCCCUCGUGGAAUGUCGUCCACAAGCUGGAGAAGCGCAGUCUUCUCAUCGCUAUCAACUCCGUCGCUGCCUUGUCCAUCCUGUUCUUCGGAUAUGACCAGGGCAUGAUGGCCGGGGUCAACAACUCCAAGGACUACAUCGACCUGAUGGGUUUUGGCUACACCGAGAUGAAAGACGGCUUGCCCACACCGGUGGUGACAAACAGUCUGUUGCAGGGCGGCAUCGUGUCGGUCUACUAUCUGGGUACCCUGUGCGGUGCCUUUUUAGGAGGCUGGACCGGAGACUGGAUCGGCCGAAUCAAGACCAUUGCCAUCGGUGCGGCAUGGGCUAUCCUGGGUGCGGCUCUGCAGUGUUCUGCCCAGAACCACGAGUGGAUGAUUUGCUCGCGUUUCAUCAACGGAAUCGGAACCGGGAUCUUGAAUGCGAUUGUACCCGUCUGGGCUACUGAGACCGCCGAACACACGUCCCGCGGACAGUUCAUCGCGAUUGAAUUUACCCUGAACAUUUUCGGUGUCGUUCUGGCCUACUGGCUCGAGUUUGGCCUGUCCUUCAUCGACGGCGGCGAAUCUGCCUUCCGCUGGCGCUUCCCGAUCGCCUUCCAGAUUAUUUUCCUCCUCGUGUUGUUCGCCGUCGUCUGGUUCUUUCCCGAGUCCCCGCGCUGGCUGGUCAAAGUGGGCCGCGAGGAGGAGGGCCGAUAUAUCCUCAAACGGCUCCGCGGGAGCACGGGCGACGAUGCUAUUCGCGCCGAGGCCGAAUUCCGAGAUAUCCAGGCAGUGGCGGAGUUGGAAAAUAACAUGCAGUACAGCACGUCAUACAUAUCCAUGCUGUUCGGGUAUAAGACGGGCAAGUUGCAUCUGGGGCGGCGCGUGCAGCUCGUGGUGUGGUUGCAGAUUAUGCAGGAGUGGGUUGGCAUUGCGGGGGUGACAGUUUACGCACCGACGAUCUUCAGCAUUGCCGGGUUCGACUCGAUGAAGAGUCAAUGGGUUAGCGGUCUGAACAAUAUCUUUUACAUGUUCGCAACCUUGAUCUGCGUCUUCACCCUCGACCGACUCGGCCGUCGCGUAACACUGUGGUGGGGAGCAGCCGUGCAAGGAAUCGCCAUGUUCCUCGCCGGAGGCUUCUCGCGACUAGCCAUUGAUGCGCGGGCGGCAGGUGACGAAGGCCGAGCAUAUUCAUUUGGUGCAGCCGCUGCGGCGAUGGUGUUCCUCUUUACGUCUGUUUUCGGGGCUACGUGGUUGACGGUGCCAUGGAUCUACCCUGCCGAGAUCUAUCCCCUGGCAGUACGAGCCCGCGGCAACGCCUGGGGCGUCGUCGGAUGGAGCAUCGGAAACGGCUGGCUGACCCUCCUCUGCCCAGUAAUGUUCAGCUCAAUCGGCGAGAAAACCCUCUACGUCUUCGCCGCCAGCAACGUGAUCGCCAUUCCCAUGGUGUGGGCGUUCUACCCGGAGAGCAACCAGCGCACGCUGGAGGACAUGGAUCUGCUGUUCGCGGCGGAUACGCCGUGGGUGUGGGAUGCGGAGAAGACAUUUGCGCGGUUGAAGGCGGAGAAUCCGGGCCAUGUGGAGGCUGUAAGUCGGAAUAAUAGUGUUUUGGAUGGGGAGAAGGGGGUUAUUACUUUGGAGGCUGCGUAG